GUGUUCAGGAGACGUCACAAGGACGCACAAUCACGAGUAUUUAACUCUCUUCGUCACAGACUGCAGAAGCUAGGGUUUGCAAGUGCUAAGAAAGCCUCCUCGCGUCGAGUUUUUUUAAGGUAACGCCGUCUGGUUACCAGCAUGGAGAGGAAGCAGCAGGUGCUGGGGUUCGCCCAGAGGAAGCCAGUUGGGGAUCGGCAGGCCAAGCACGUCAGUGGGGAGGGCAAGCAGACGGACUGGAAGCCCGCCAAGGAGUCAGCAGUUGAGGUGCAGAAUGAUGCUGCCACAGCAUCACCGCAUGAGGAGACUGAGCGCGCCUUGCAGCUCUUUGACAUGGACAUGGCGUUCGGCCCCUGCACUGGGCUCUCCCGCAGGGAGAGGUGGGAGAGGGCGAGCCGGCUGGGGCUCAACCCUCCUCCCCACGUCCGCACACUGCUGGACUCCGCCUCGUGCCGUGAAGACAGCGUUUGGGAGGGGCGUGUGUGAGGGCUGUUAUAGGCACACGGCAUAUGCCCCCUGCACUGGGCUGUCCCGCAGGGAUCAGUGGGAGAGGGCGAACCGGCUUGUGCUCAACCCGCCCCAUCGUAUCCGGCGCUGCUGGACUCUUCUCCGUGCCAUGAAGACAGCGCUUCGGAGGGGCGGGUGUGGGAGGUGUGGGAUGGUCGAGUGUGGGCGCUGUGUUAUGAGUGUGGGUGUGAUCAUUGUGUCAUGCAUGCAGAACAACUAUGGGGGCUGCGGUGUGAAUCUGGGGUGUCGGAUGACUGCAUGUGGGGGGUGUGGGAUUGUCGAGUGUGGGAGCUGUCUUAUGAGGGUUAUGGCUGGACAGGAUGAGUCUGUAGGGGAACGGAGCGCUCUCUAGACACAGCUAGCGUUGACUUUGGAGUAUGAGAGGGCAAUGAGUCUGCAGCCCCGGGGGAAGUACAUUAGCCAGCAGCACGUGGGAGUGUGUGAAGAGUGCCGUAGGGCUAGCUGCCUGCCGUAACCGUUGAGAAUGGCAGGAUAAGGUGCAUGGUGGGCGAGGCAUUGGAUGGAAGUGUGAUGAUGGAUAUUGGUGGGUUGUUGCACAGCUCAGUGUUGGCAUUGUACAUUAGCUAUGUUGAAAUGAACCACGUGUUAAGGGUGGCCAGGAUCUAGAGUAGGUGGAACCACGAGUAAAAUUCAGCGGAAGACUUUACACCUUGUAUUUGUUGUGAUAUAAUUGAUAGCAUUUCUGUAAGUCGAUUAA